AUGAUUAGCUCACGCACUCCGACCCCCACAUUUUUCUCUCUCAAAAUAAGAACUGAAAUCGAUUGGAAUCGUCAACUCAAUUUCAAACUCCAAAUAUCACUCCCUCUCUCUCUCUAUAUAUAUACACGGAGUAUAUAUAUACACACAUAUAUUGACGCAUGCUCUUCCGAUCUCUGCGUAUUAUAGAUGAGAUUGAAACCCUCGGGACACCGAAGAGUUGCAUUCCUCAGAAGGCGAUCUCAGGUGACGUUUUCCCGGUCCGUAGCCCGUAAGUGUUUCGGCGAGAUGCUGCCGGACUCCUCCUCCGCCCCCCUCCUCCGCCGCACUCUGAUUCUCGCUCUCUUCUUCGGCGCCGUCUCACUCUCUUGCUUCCUCCUCUACAGAGCCUCCGAUUCUGUCGGUAUACUCUUUCCAAACUACUUCGAUCCCACCUCUCGCUUCCGCGACGUUUUUCCUUCUAUUACGGACGAUUCCCGGCUGGAUAGUGACGAGUAUAGGCUUGAAAGCAUUUUGAAGGAUGCUGCUAUGCAAGAUGGAACAGUUAUUUUAACAACUCUAAAUGAAGCGUGGGCAGCUCCAAAUUCAAUCAUUGAUCUUUUUCUUGAGAGUUUUAGAAUUGGAGAUCGCACCCGUAAACUUUUGAACCAUUUGGUGAUCAUUGCCUUGGAUAAGAAGGCAUUUGCUCGUUGUUUGGUUGUACACACCCAUUGCUUUGCCCUUGUGACUAAAGGGAUUGAUUUCUCUCAAGAGGCAUAUUUUAUGACCCCUGACUACUUGAAGAUGAUGUGGAGGAGGAUCGAUUUUCUCCGGUCUGUUCUUGAGAUGGGAUACAACUUUGUGUUCACGGAUGCUGAUAUCAUGUGGUUCAGGGACCCAUUUCCACACUUCUAUUCAGAUGCUGAUUUUCAGAUUGCAUGUGAUUCAUUCUCAGGCAACUCGUCCGAUAAUAGGAACAAACCUAAUGGAGGAUUUAAGUUUGUAAGAUCUAAUAACCGGUCAAUAGAAUUUUACAAGUUCUGGUAUUCCAAACGAGAGACAUAUCCAGAAUAUCAUGAUCAGGAUGUCCUUAAUAAUAUCAAAUAUGAUUCUUUCAUCAUAGACAUUGACCUGAAGAUGAGAUUCUUGAAUACUGCCUAUUUCGGUGGGCUUUGUGAACCGAGCAAAGAUUUCAAUCAAGUGUGUACGAUGCAUGCAAAUUGUUGUUUUGGUUUGGAUAGCAAACUUCAUGAUCUUAGAAUUAUGCUACAAGAUUGGAAACUAUAUAUGUCUUUGCCACUAAGCUUGAAAAGAUCAUUGAUAUCAACCUGGAGGGUUCCACAUAACUGCAGUCUCGAUGCUCUCCGCCACCACAACCCCCUAAAUAAGGACGUUGAACGAGGAUAGGAAGAUUGAAUUGAACUGUGUAUAUAUUUGCAGGUCCUUUUUUCUAAGAAUCAAACAAUUUAAGGUUUUAUGGUUGCAAAGCAUUCUACAGGAGCAUGUCACCAUAUUUGGACAACACUAUGUCUAUAUGUUGAGUUGAGGCAUUGAAGGUAGGAAGAAUAUGAGAAAGAAAAAAGAUGAUUAAUCGGCCCAAAGCUUUGUUGUUCUUUCUCUGUUCUGGACUCCGGAGAACUAUUUACAGUCAGGAGGUAGCUUUGUUAUUCUCUGUUCUGGACUCCGGAGAACUAUUUACAGUCAGGUAGGGUAACAUGUGUUGUAUGACCUAUGUUGUAUUCUGUUUCUAUCUUUAGUGGUUUUAUUUAUUUAUUUAUUUUAUUUUAUACUUUUCUUUGGUGGUGGCAGAAUGUUAAGAUGUCACAUGUUUCUCAAUGAAUAAAAUUUUAGCUCCUACUUCAUGGUA